AUGAAAGAAUUAUAUACUUCCGGAAUAAUACAUAGAGAUUUAAAACCUGCGAAUAUAUUAAUAAAUGAUGGAGUUUUUAAAAUUGCAGAUUUCGGAUUUGCAAAAGAUGUAGAUUAUAAAUCAGAUAAAUUGCUUGUUUCUUGUGUCGGGUCACCAAUGUAUAUGGACCCUUUAAUUUUAUCGAGAAAACCUUAUGGAACUAAAUGUGAUAUGUGGUCUUUAGGAAUCAUUUUAUAUGAAUUAUUAUACGGAGAAGUACCUUGGCCGGGGUGUAGAAACGAAUAAUAAUUACUUAUAAAUAUUUUUACAAAACCAAUAGUAUUUAAUACAGUAAAAAAAAAUGAGAAUCAAUGA